AUGGGUGUCCCCCCGCUGCCUCCCGCCCUGUCUUCAUCCCAUGGGACCAGCCUGCCCCUCUGGGAGCGGGGAUGCGGGGCCCUGCUGCCACCGCAGGGAAACUCCAAACCGUCCCCAGCGGCCGGGGCGCUGCCCGCUCCGGGGCGCCGCGUGGAGAAGGGGCCUCUGUGUGCCGGGACACGCACGGCCUUUCCCGUCUUUGUCCGAAAUGUCAACGCGAAUCGGACGCCGCAGGCUCCGAACCUCGGCUCGGCUCCGGAGGGGAGGCGGAACCGGGAUGAGAGGGCGACGGAGCGAGCGGAGGGGCGCCUCUUCCUGACGGUGCCCGGAAUACCGGGAGCCAAGCGCUGCACUGCCGGAGCUCUCGGAGGAGCCCGAGUGGACAUCGCCAUUCGGAUGGGCUUGUGGCAUCGAAUACCUUCCAAGGUUGAUGGUGCCCCGGCUGGUGGCGGCCCUGGAGAGAAGAUGGCCCAGCCCGCACACCUGAACCAGAACCUCCCAGAUCUCGGCGGCCCGUUCUUGUACAGGGACCAAGACGAUGGCGAGAAGAGCUCGUACUCGGUAGAAACGCCCUACGGCUUCCUCUUGGACCUGGAUUUUCUAAAAUACGUCGAUGACAUCGAGAGCGGCCAAACGCUCAAGAAGGUGCCCCUGCCCCGGAGGGCCAAGGGGGCCCGGCAGGCGCCCGGCGCCCUGCGCAGCCCCAGCAGCCACGCGAGCGGCUGGGCGAAGGAGGACGCCUGCCUGGUCACAGCAGAGCUGGGACAUGAGGACCCCGUGGUGGACGGCAGAGCAGCACCCAGCGCGGUGGCCGGAGCCCUGAAGUCCAUCAUGAAGAAGCGGGACGGCAUGAGCAGGAGCGAGGCCGAAGGCAGCAAGAAGAGCCUGCAGUUCGUGGGGGUGCUCAACGGCGAGUACGAGAGCACGUCCAGCGAGGAGGAGGAGGAGGAGGAAGAGGUAGGAGACAGCUCCUCCGAGAAGGCUUCGGCCGACAGCUCCGACAGCGACGUGCGGGCAGACAUGGACACCUCGGAUGAGGGAGGCGAGAGCGAGCCGGGCGGCCCGGACACGGGGACCGUGGCUGGGGACAACGGCGCGGCCGGGACGGAGCCCAUUGAGGUGAAGGAGAAGUUCGAGCUGAGCCCCAGGAUGCGGGAGGCCUGUCUCAUCAUCAAGAGCCACCUGGGCCACCCCGGCGCUGCCAAGAGCAAAGAGGUGCUCGCCAGCAGCAGCCUGGUGCUCCAGGAGUGGUUCCGUGUGUCCAGCCAGAAGUCGUCCGUCCCCGACACCGUCGCCAACCACCUCCUGGCCUUCGCCGAGAUCUCGCCAGCCCUCCUGGCCAACAUGGUCAACCUGGCAGAUGGCAAUGGCAACACGGCUCUGCACUACAGCGUCUCCCACUCCAACUUCCACAUCGUGCGGCUGCUCCUGGACACUGGGGUCUGCAACGUGGACCACCAGAACAAAGCCGGCUACACGGCCCUCAUGCUGGCAGCGCUCGCGGCGGUUGAGCAGGAGGAGGACAUGAACGUGGUCAGGAGGCUCUUCAGCAUGGGCAACGUCAACGCCAAGGCGAGCCAGGCUGGCCAGACGGCGCUCAUGCUGGCUGUGAGUCACGGGCGGCAGGAGAUGGUGGCAGCCCUGCUCGCGUGCGGGGCCGACGUGAACCUGCAGGACGAGGAGGGCUCCACGGCGCUCAUGUGCGCCUGCGAGCACGGCCGCGUCGAGACCGUGAGGCUGCUCCUGGCUCAACCCGCCUGCGGCGUCUCCGGCGACGGGAACAACGCCGUGGCCAUCGCGCUCGAGGCCGGGCACAGCAACAUCGCCGUGCUCUUGUACGCCCACCUCAACAGCGCCAAGACGCAGCCCCCCGUGAGGAGCAGCCCGGACUCGGCCACCUCCUUCUGCAAAGCGACAGAAGACAAAUGA